AUGGCAGGCUCCAAAAGAAACAGCAUCUUCCCUCGAAACCCCUACUACAUCCCUGGCUAUGGGGGCUACAUUCCUCAGUUCUCCUUCAAGUUUGGGGACACCUAUGGCAGAAUCACCCAUGGUCUGCUGACAGAUCCCACCAUCAGGAAGAGCCCUCGGUCCCUGCUGGCACCGUUGGACAACAAGGAAAACCUCCAUGAGCUCCAUUACCACAUUGAGCAUCCAGGAUAUGUCACCUACCAGCCCAUCAUAAGCCCUCCUGAGAUACCCCUGGGGCCGCAGCGUGCCCCCACGCUGGAGCUGGAGGAGCCCAUGAUGAUCCACAUGGAUCCCACCCUCAGGCAGUGGCAGUGCCCCCCAGACACCACCUUGCCCGGUGCCCUGCAGACCUGGCAGCCCCAGGAGCCCCUGCAGGGGCUCGCCCUGCACCCCAUGGCCAAGGAGAUGGAGAGGGAGGUGGUCAAAUCACCCCUGGCUGGUCUUCUGGGCAAAGGAACUGGAACAUGCCAGUGCAACUGUGGAGGGAGCAAAACACAGCUAGAAACUGGAGGUGUGGCACUGCCAGGAGGGGCUGCAACAGCAGAUUACACAUUGCCCGUGCUGCCUGUCCCAAAUGCCAUCCGACAGAAAGUCAUCCCAGGGUACACUGGAUUCGUCCCCUACAUCUUUGACAAAGUUGGCAUGACCUACAUCCCAGCUGUGAAGAAAGCCAUAGAGGAAUUUGACCGAUACCAGCUUUUGCAGAGAAAUCCACCUUAUACGUUGGGCACGAGAUUCCCCCUGACACACUGGCCAGACAACAAAAUUUACAACCGUGCUGGACUCAAACCUGCCUACGCAGGCUUUGUACCAUGCCUGCGGGACGUCUGCGGGCUCACUUACGGGAAUGCCACACGGGAAUCAUACCGGUGUGAACAGAGGAGACGGGGACGUGCACUGUGA